CCACCCGAGCGUUCAGCACGGCUCAGCUCUCGAGAGUUUCGGCGACGUUGGGCUUUAAAACGCGGAGCUGUCGGUAGAGCAAAAAUUAAAAGAAAAAAUGCCCGGCGGAGUAGAUGCGCGGCUCGCCCGGGGCUUGGCUCUGGUCCUCGUCCUGUCCUGGACAGGAGCCGCGGCCGAGGAGUGCGCGUUCCCCUGCCGGUGCUCCCUGGAGCCAGUGCGCUGCCCGGCCGGCGUCAGCCUGCUGAUGGACGGCUGCGGCUGUUGCAAAGUCUGCGCGCAGCAGCUCGGCGACGAGUGCGGCCCCCGGCUGCCGUGCGACCUGCACAAGGGGCUGUACUGCGAUCUGCCCGCGCACGCCAACCAGCGAAGUGGCAUCUGCUUGGCCAGGGAGGGCGCGACCUGCGACCUGGGAGGGGUGAUAUACCGGAGCGGGGAGACCUUCCAGCCGAGUUGUAAAUACCAGUGCACUUGCAUGGACGGAGCGAUCGGCUGCGUCCCCUUCUGCAGCGACGACGUGCGCCUGCCCAGCCCGGACUGUCCGGCGCCCAGGCGGAUCAAGAUCCCCGGGAAGUGCUGCGAGGAGUGGGUUUGCGACAAGCCCCGUGACCGCUCGCCCUUCAACGCGGCCCUGGCGGUUUACAGGCAGGAAGCUGUUUUCGGACCUGACUCGAGCCAAGUCCGCGACAACUGCAUUGUCCAAACCACUGACUGGAGUGCCUGCUCCAAGUCGUGCGGAUUGGGGAUUUCCACCCGCGUUACCACGGACAACAGGAAGUGUCGCCUGGAGAAGCAGAGCAGACUGUGUAUGGUCCGGCCUUGCAACACCAACUUCGGGAAAAGCAUCAAGAAAGGCAAGAAGUGCGUCCGAACUCCAAGGCCAUUCAAGUCGAUGAAGUUCGAGUUCUCUGGCUGCAGCAGCACGCGAUCCUAUCGGCCCAAGUUCUGUGGAGUCUGCACCGACGGCAGGUGCUGCACCCCUCAUUCCACCGCCACUCUGCACGUAGAGUUCAAAUGUCCAGAAGGAGACAUCAUCAAGAAGAAGAUGAUGUUCAUCAAGACCUGCUCCUGCCACCAUGACUGCCCGUCUGACAAUGACAUCUUCUUGUCGACCUAUUACAGGAGAAUGAUUGGUGACUAUGCCACAUAGACGCUUUGGCCUCUAACUAUUAACUGGCUCCAGGAGCCCUUCUAAACUCCACCUGGAGGCAAAUAACUCCAGCAGUUAUUAGAUUGCUUUUAUUCAGAUUACAAGGAUAGAUGACUACUUGCUUUCAUCAUUAUCCUUGUGUGAAGUGUUUUAAAAUGCAGAUUUCUACAUCAAUAAUGGAAGAGAGAAAUUUCUAAGCUCCCCAGGUUUAAAUUGGUCCAAGUUAUAAAUAUCUGUACCUUAAUAGCUCACAGCACAGUCUAGGCCUGUCCUAAUGAUGAAUGAACAUUUUUUUGACCCCUUCAACCUGUGAAGGAUCAGAGCUUUGCAGAGCUUUGCGAUUGACGCUGAGCUAGGUGGAGCAUGAUAAUCUUCAUCUUGCUGGAGGAUUUGAGAGUCUUGUAAGUGAGGCUUACAGCCUUCCCCGCCCCCCCCCCCCCCCCCCCCACCAACUCCACCACCCUGUACUCUUAGUGCACACUGGUAAAAUCGAGGAUCACUGAUGUCAGAUCCCUGAAGUAAUGACCAUGGUUAAGUGUUAGAACCGCGUUUUUUGAGCCUAACUAAGCCGUGGCCGACUACUUGUAUCUGAAUACGAUUCAGUUUCGCUCCUUUUUUGACUUUUGACGUCGUAUGCCAUGCAAUCGCUUCCGAUCUUGCAUGAAACCCUAACUCGACUCGCAAGAAAGCAUUCUUUUUAAGGUUGCCGUGUGAUUAGUGUAAAUAUGUGUACAGUUUUUUUUUACUGUAAUUUAUAUUCUCGCAAAGUGUUUUGAUGGUAGGCUGUUAUUGAAACUGUUUCAGUAAGUUUGGAAAAGAAGUAAAUAUUUGCUGCAUUUUUUUUAGAAUAAAAUUCUAUUUUUCUACAAA